CUCUUUUGCUUUGCAAUGCCUCCCACCGGCCAUAGCAACUAUACCAGAUUUGUCUCUUUCAGUUGGUUUCAUCAGAACAUCACAGGGCAGGAGGCUGAGACUCUGCUGAAAUCUCGGGGGGUACAUGGAAGUUUCCUGGUCCGUCCCAGCAGGAAAAGGCAGGGAGACUUCUCACUGUCUGUGAGGGUUGAAGACUCGGUGACGCACAUCAGGAUCCAAAAUACCGGCGACUACUAUGAUCUGUAUGGGGGGGAGCAGUUUGCUACUCUGUCCGAGCUGGUGGAGUUCUACACGGGGCAAGCGGAAUGCCUGCAGGAUACUAAUGGGAAACGCAUUGAGCUGAAAUACCCACUAAAUUGUUCAGACCCCACUAAUGAGCGGUAAGAACAUUUAUUGUCA